CAUGAUUCCAUUUGCUUUUUGCUUAUUUUAAUGAAAAGAACCAGUAAACCAAACAUAGUAUUGUGCGUCAGAACGACGAACAUGACAAUUACUAAAGAGCCACUUAAUAGUUGGAUUCCACCUCCAUGUAAACAAGUGUAGCAGUGCCGUGCAGCUUGGUGUGAACGUGACGACAGCACGAGGACACAACAGCUGACAUUUUUUCCAUUCGACUCUUGUUUACCACAUUCAGAAUACAAGUGGGCGGGACCCUUCGUAGAUUCUGAUUCGCUGGCCGCCUCACCGAGCUCUCCCAUAGGCUGAGCCUUUCUAUUAACGAAGGUUUCCGCGCGUCGGACUGCAGACUGUAAACGACAGCAUCCUCAGCCCCUCAGCUGUCACUCAAAGAUUGUUAUCUUCUUUCCUAAAGGUUUCUUUGGCCGCUUUGAGGAUGACGAGUAAAGUUCGGUUCGUUGGCUCUGUGGUGAAGACGGUGGCUCAGGCCAACAUGCCACAACACAUCGACCACUUCUCCAAGUUCUCCCCCUCUCCUCUGUCCAUGAAGCAGUUUUUGGAUUUCGGUUCCACCAACGCCUGUGAGCGCACGUCGUUCGUGUUCCUGCGGCAGGAGCUCCCUGUGCGUCUGGCCAACAUCGUGAAGGAAAUCAGCGUGCUGCCGCCGCGGCUGCUGGCCACGCCCUCUGUCCAACUGCUGCACAGCUGGUAUAUUCAGAGCCUGAUGGAGAUCCUGGACUUCCUGGACAAGAGCCCCGAUGACCACAGAGUCCUUGAAAUGUUCGUGGACAUCUUGGAGUCCGUCAGAAACCGGCACAACGACGUAGUCCCCACCAUGGCUCAGGGGAUCAUCGAGUACAAAGACGCUUUCGACCGGCAGGACGCCGUCACCGACCACAACAUCCAGUAUUUCCUAGACCGUUUCUACACCAGCCGCAUCUCCAUCCGCAUGCUCAUCAACCAGCACACUCUUAUCUUCAAGGGCAACACAAACCCCGCCCACCCCAAUACCAUUGGCUGUAUCGACUCCGUAUGUGAAGUGACUGAAGUUGCGCAAGAUGCCUAUGAGAGUGCUAAGAUGCUGUGUGAGCAGUAUUACCUGGGAGUACCAGAGCUGGAGCUCAGGCAGAUGAAUGCAAACAACAAACAAGAGCCCAUUCACAUCUCAUACGUCCCAUCUCACCUGUACCACAUGCUCUUUGAACUCUUCAAGAAUGCUAUGAGGGCAACCAUUGAGAACCACGAUACAAGCAGGUCCCUCCCACCCAUCAAAGUCAUGGUCGCUCUUGGUGGAGAGGACCUGACAAUCAAGAUGAGUGACAGAGGAGGCGGUGUUCCCUUCAGGAAGACGGAGCGUCUGUUCAGCUACAUGUACUCCACGGCUCCCAGACCCUCCAUAGAAGAUAAGCACAGAGCCCCACUGGCGGGGUUCGGCUAUGGUCUGCCCAUCUCUCGCCUCUACACUCGUUACUUCCAGGGAGACUUGCAGCUUUACUCCAUGGAGGGGCACGGCACUGACGCAGUCAUCCACCUGAAGGCUUUGUCGACUGACUCGGUGGAGAGGUUGCCAGUUUUCAACAAGACUGCACUGCGUCACUACAAGCUGAGUUUGGAGGCCGACGAUUGGUGCAUUCCCUCCAAGGAGCCACGAGACCUGGCCGUUUACCGCGCUUCCAAGUGAUUCAGUGAUGACAGCUUUUGCUGCACCUCAUGAACCGGAGUUGUGGUACCAGAGCUGUUACCCCGGCCUGAUUAAAAAUGGCCAAGGAGAUCCAAAAAGAGAAAAGAGCAUCUGCGCCCUGAUGGUCUGGGAACCUUUUGGAUUCCUGUUCCUGUUCCUCCCUCCUCUUGUUUUUACGUGUGUGGUUUGGAUUAGUAGAACAGCAGAACGAUGCUGACAUUUAAGAUAGUAGAUAGUCUAAGAUGGGGUGAGAUGGAGAGGUUAAUUGAGAGCUCAUGGUAGGAAUGAACAAUUUGAAGAAAAUAUCCCAUUGUGAACAUUACCCAACAAACAUUGGGAUUGUGGCAUUUCACCCAAACAUUAGUAACUUGUUUUGCUGAUUCCUCAAAAUUAAGUUUUUUCUAUGCUGCUUCCUAGCCAUUUCUUUCUCAAGAGUUCCAGUGCAUAUUAACAAAGAAGUACAUUUCUUUGUUUUUGCUUUAUAAAAAGGGAAAAGUUUGGUCUGUUCUUGUAUGCCUGAUGUUGCAACCAUUCUCAUUCACACCUUGUCAAAUAUCAAAGCUCGGUCAGUGACAUGUGUUCAGUGAAACUUGUUUUGUUGUACCUUUGCUUGUUUUGUACAAAUGGACAAUGGAAUACUUGUGUUGAAUCCCUGCACAAUCACUGAUUGAGGAGAAUCGAGUUGAAUGCAUGUACUGCAGCAAUGUCACGGUGUUCUGUAAACUGGUCUGCUGUAGACAGUGAUGGUUAUCCAUUUAUUGGCUUUGUCCAUUACUUGGUUUUGAUGAAUGUGACAGUGAGUAGCUUUAUAUUGAUAAUCACUUGUAUGUUUGUUUCAAACUCACUAUUUGAUAAAAAGGUUCGGUGUCUAUAUUCUAUUGUAUAUUUGAAGUGAACAGUUCAUAAUAGAGACCCUCUAUUUUUUUAAGAUAUGUUUGUAAAAUAAAUGAUACUUAAAGUAAUUAAACUGCUGUAUUCAUCAUUCUGCGA